ACUGGAGGGAUGUGACCCCGGAACAGGACGCCCUCCUACAACAACACACCAUUCAAACAGAGCACAGAAGAAAGGAAAGCUGGACCAGGAGGGAGCCACAGGAGCAGGCGGGAUGAACCGCGAGGAGGCCCCGGGGAAGUCUCCUGAAGACAUGUACGUCCAACAGAAAGUGCGGGUCCUGCUCAUGCUUAAGAAAAUGGGAUCAAAUCUCACGCCAAGUGAAGAGGCUUUUCUCCGAAAUUACGCAGGUGUGGUCCACAGUCAGAUGAGCCAGCUACCACAGCACAACAUAGACCAGGGUGCUGAGGACGUGGUUAUGGCGUUCUCACGGUCAGAGGCGGAGGAUCGGCGACAGUGACCCUGGGCCCCCUCAUCCUGCCCCGCUGCAUCCCGUCUCAGACCCGU